GGUUGUUCCAGUUUGGGGAGCGGAUGUAUGAAUGCCAAUACACUAGUAGUCAACAAACCAUAACGAUACUAUGCAAAUAAUCUCAAAUAUCGAAAAAGGGUAACGGCAAGUUGACGAAAUCGCCAACGGCGUGUGCGAUCCUUUGGGCACACACAGCUCAGCAUAUUGCAGGUAGGUUGCAGCCGAGGAGAAUCGGCUGCUGGCACUGCAGCACAAGGCGUCCUCAGACCGGAUGCAAAUACUAGUUUCUUUGGCCAAUAUUCUGCCCUCCACUUCUGCCUUGGCCUUGACUGCGCUUUCACACGGACGUGACAGGAUAUCUGCCAGGGAAGAAUUGCCUGGUCGCAUCACCAGUGACCUCGGGGUGCGGGCGGUUGAAUGGGGCUGCUUGCAGAUCUCCCCCGGCGUCUGGGAUGUUUUUUUUUUUCUUUUCUUUGUCUUUUUGUUGUUUGCCGCUGUUUCCUUCUCGUCGUUAUCUCGAAUCGAAAAUGGAGCGUCCUCGGUGAUGUUUGUCAUUGACAUCGAUGAUAAGGGUCCUCCGGGAAUCCAAUACUAUGGUAAGACCCGCAUCUCUCACCCGUACCAGACCCUCUUCAACUUCGUUUCGGAUCAAGACAACGGUGUUCUUCGGCAAGCCAUCGUGGUUGUAGACAACACCACUGGACACAAAGUUCCUGUUCAUUCAGCGCCAACGAGUGAUAAUAACGGAGAAGAGCCCGAUGAACAUCAUUGCGGGCUUGACUGGUCGAUGGCUCGCGUAGGUAGGCUACGGAAAAAGAUGCUUUCCCAAAAGAGCAAGGCGGUAAAGUGUAACAAGUGAGCAUGUCUUUCAUGUCUGAGGAAGCUUGGUGUUGAAACUCGAUCAAUGCUUUUGUGUUACGUGACAACGAGAGGUUGCCAUCGCACAAAUCUUGUGCAACUCGGCCGUGUCCAGUACACAUCAAUGCUGGUUUGUUAGGUAGUUAGCGCGGAACAUACCCCACAUCCUUCAAAAGGGUCACACCAGGUUUAUCCGCGCAAUCUGCCCCAGGGCAUUAGCUGAAAUUGCCAGAAGGGAUCUAAACAUACCGCCAAGUAGAGAACGAAAAACCCGGGAUUCCAC